UUUUUCUUUUUCUGCUUUUUCUGUUUCUAGACACUUUACAGCACUUUACUUAUUUAUUUUCGUUUGUUCAUGUCUUUUUACUGCUAAUUUAUCUGUCCCCCUUUUUUUUUUUCUUUUGCCUAUUCCUACGUUAUACAUAUACACAUAUUACAGCAUCAAUCCACCCACCGUCUGUACAUAUCAAUAAGUAUCCUAUACAUAGAAAAUGAUGAACGCUUACAUCACAAAAAAGAGUUGGAGACUACUGUGUGGUGUCUUGUUAAUGAUCAUCUUGGUCUACCUACUACAUUCAAGUACAUUUACGUUUGAGAAAUUCAAUUCUGUUACAUCACAGUUUACAUCAACAACAGAUGCUUCAGUAGCCAAUGAUUUGUUAACGUCGCAGAGAAGCAAUAGUCCAUCGUCACAACAAGCAUUAGAAGAACAGCUACGGAAUCAACAACAACAGCAGCAAGCACCAUCACCGCAAGAUUCAACGGAAACUUCUAAUACCAACCCUUCAUUGGUGGAUAAUGUCGAUCUGUUGAAGGGUGAAAAGAAAUAUGCCUAUGUUACAUUUUUAUGUGAUGAUGUGAUGGGUGAAGCUACGGAAGUGCUCGUCUAUUCCUUAAACAAGACAAAUACAAAACACGAUAUCCUUGUCUUGGUAUUGGACGAAGUCACACAACGACUUCGAGACAGACUAGAAUUCCUUGGUGCAAAGACAAUCAGUAUUGAACAAGUGAAAUACCCUUGGGAUUCGGAUAAGGCAAGACAAAAAGGCUUUAAUAAAGCCUGUCGAUAUUCCAAAUUGAACUUGUGGCGUCUGACAGAGUACAACAAGGUUGUUUAUCUGGAUGCAGAUACGAUGGUUGCCAACAAUAUGGAUGAAUUAUUUGAGUAUCCGCAAUUCUCGGCCACAGUCGAUAUCGGUGGGGUUUUAAACACUGGUGUCUUCGUGGCAGAACCUAAUAUGGAUACAUACACUGACUUGAUGAACACAUACGAAAACGCACCCAGUUACAAUAAGGGUGAUCAAGGCUUUUUGAAUUAUUAUUUUAAUCAAUCCGCAAAACCUUUACCAGGAAAUUACAAUGUCAUGAUUAAAUUUACGAAAAUGUCUACAUUAGCUUCCAAAUUUAUUGGAGAAAAUACCGUCAAAGUACUUCAUUAUACCAGUGAGACAAAGCCAUGGAAUUUCCAUUUCUUGCACCAACGUGAAUGGAGAGAAAAUUACGACAGUUACCUUUUCGGUUAUUGGACUCGUAAUCUACGUGAAAUGCGUUCCAAAUUAACGGAAGGUGGACUUUAUUCAGACGACGCUACUGAACUCACCAUUGGCACUUCUGUUAUACCCAAUUCUCCACCUUCCGCACAGAACUCUGGUGAAGAAAAACCAUUGUCCUUUGCUCAAGUGCCCACACCUUUGGACCUAACUUUACCCUGGCACAACAAAGGUCGUGUUGAGGAAAUCUGUGAUCGUCGUUUAAAGCGAUCUUAUGGCCGUCGUUAUCGUAACACCCAUCAGUUCACCGUCAUCCUCAAUUUCAUCAAUGAACAAUCUGUCAAUAUCGACCAUUUACAUGAUUUGUUGAGAAUCUAUGCUGCAUCAAAACGUGUUGAACGUAUCUUUAUCAACGGCAAGAAUAUUAAAGAUCAACAAACAGGAAAAUCUAUCAAAUUGACGACGAGUUAUUUGAAAAAGUUGGGUUUGAGAAAACCCAUUGCGGCUAUCGCUCAAGGACAGUAUGUCACAGCAAAUAAUCGAUAUAAUCCAAUUCAGGGUCUCAGCACGUCCGCCGUUUUCAUGACGGAAGAUAAUGUGAUCGUGUCUCCCAAAGAUUUCGAAUUUGCUUACAGCAUUUGGGAAAAGAACCAGGACUCCAUUGUAGGUUUCCGUGCCAACUCUCACCAACGCGUCAACCCCUCGGAUGGUAAAGGCGGCAUCCUAAGAAAUAAUUAUGAAUAUAUCGACAACAUUGCUCCCAAAACCAACGAAUACAGCAUGAUCCAACCCAACGCAGCCUUCAUGAAGACUGAAUAUCUCUACGCUUAUACUUGCAACAUACCCGAACAAAUUCACCACUAUAUCGACCAGCAUCCUGGCUGCCAUGAUAUGGCGAUGAAUAUGUUUGCAAGCGGCUUAACAGGCACUCCUCCUGUGCUCGUCAAGCCUUCUACACCUGUAUUGGAAUUUGGUGCUCCCAGUGUGACAACUAUCAGUACAGACAAGCAAGAACGUACCAAGUGCUUGAACGAUCUUUCGCUGUUCUUUGACGGUACUAUGCCAUUGCAAUCAACAAACGAAAUUGUUUACAAAGUGUCACCUUCACUGACUUCUUCUAGCAUAAAUGAGAAUGUUGGUUGGGAAAACUGGACAUCCUCAGUGAAAUCAGUGACUCGCCAGAAUGGUAGUAGUAAUAGUGGUAAUUUUAAAAAGAGGAGGAAGCACCAGCAAAACAAUCCUCUGCAAGACUAGACCCUGUAUUUGCAAUCUAUAUACUUUACUAUCACCAUGAUAAACACACCCAUACACACUCAUACACACACACAUACACACACACUCUCUCUCUCUCAUCUUUACAUCAUAUUACAAUAUAACCUUUUACUCUAAAGAAAAAAAGUACUACUCCGUUCUACAUGAAUUUCAAAAAUAAAAAAAAAAAGGAAACA